GCUAUUACAGUCUAACAACAGUGACCAAUAGAAAGAGAAGAAGAUCCAAGAAAGCUGAGGCAAACAAUGACUCUAAAAGUCUGUGCAAGCCUUUUGCUCUUAUUCUUGGUCAAUUCUGUGUGGACUCGAACUGUGAGACAAGUUUAUGAUGAGCUGGAUCCUGAGCAUUGGUCUCACUACACUUUUGAAUGUCCACGAGAGUGCUUUUGUCCUCCUAGUUUCCCCAAUGCAUUAUACUGUGAUAACAAAGGACUUAAAGAAAUACCCGCAAUCCCAGCAAGAAUUUGGUACCUCUAUCUUCAAAACAAUCUAAUUGAAACAGUUUCGGAGAAGCCUUUUGUGAAUGCCACUCAUCUAAGAUGGAUAAAUCUGAACAAGAAUAAGAUCACCAACAGUGGAAUUGAGAGUGGUGUGCUGAGCAAGCUGAAAAGGCUUCUUUACUUAUUCCUUGAAGAUAAUGAAUUGGAAGAGGUGCCUGCCCCAUUACCAGUGGGUCUGGAACAGCUAAGACUGGCUAGAAACAAAAUCUCCAGAAUCCCAGAAGGAGUCUUCAGCAACUUGGAAAACCUUACGAUGUUAGAUCUGCACCAGAACAGUUUGUUGGACAGCGCUCUUCAAAGUGACACCUUCCAAGGACUCAACAACCUUAUGCAACUCAACAUAGCAAAAAAUUCACUCAAGAAAAUGCCUUUAAGCAUUCCAGCUAACACACUGCAGCUAUUUUUGGACAACAACUCCAUUGAAGUGAUACCAGAAAACUACUUCAGUGCAAUACCCAAAGUGACUUUCCUUAGGCUGAACUACAAUAAAUUAUCUGAUGAUGGUAUUCCCCCAAACGGGUUUAAUGUUUCAUCUAUUCUAGAUCUUCAGCUGUCUCACAACCAGCUCACUAAAAUUCCACCGAUCAAUGCUCAUCUCGAGCACCUUCACCUUGAUCACAACAGAAUCAAAAGUGUCAAUGGUACUCAAAUAUGCCCAGUCUCAAUUGCCAUAGCAGAAGACUAUGGUUUUUAUGGCAAUAUCCCUCGCCUCCGAUACCUUCGCCUGGAUGGAAAUGAGAUUCAACCUCCAAUCCCAUUGGACAUCAUGAUAUGUUUCCGACUACUUCAAGCUGUUGUCAUAUAAAGAAAUCGCAGUGUCACUCUUGUGCUGUGAGAGUGCUAAGAUACAAGUUUUGCUGGAAUGAAACUUGUUCUAAAAUAAAUCAAGAAGUAACAGCUUUAUUUUGACUUUAAUUUUUUCUUUGCUUGCAUCUUUUAUACAGCUGAAAUGAUUGUUCUUCUUUCAGAAGAAAUUUUGGACGGACAUGAAACUUGCUUAACACUUUACCUGAGAAUUCCUAAUGCGAAUAUAUUGAAAAUCAUCUAUGUAAGAUCCCAAGUAUUCCAAAGCAAAUUCUUGUCUACUCCAUCUUGCUUGUCAAAAUCUACUAUGUCUAUUCUGUUAACAUCAUUGCU